ACUUAGCACACUUGUAUCAUAAUGUACUAAUACGACACAUAUAUAGUUAGACACAUUAGAUAUUCUACAUACAUAUUUGAAAUAGGUAGCAAACUUUAAAUAUGUACACUUUACACCGGAAAGUAUAGUUGCUGCCACUAUUUAUGCCCUGAGGGCCUACCGCGUACCAUGUUCGACAUGUUACCUCUCGGUCGCACUUCUAAAUUCGUACGUAGGUGUGACAGGGAGGCAACACGUCGAACGUGGUUCGCGGUAGACCCUCUGGUUAUCUUAUAAUUAUUGUAACUUAAUUUGCUUAUAGUGAUUUUACGCUAUGCUGUUAUAUAACUAUGGCAAGUUUUUAAAUUUGUUAGUUGGUACAAAUGAUUUCGAGACCGAUAUUGACAUGAAUGAAUUAAAACUUAAGCACAGAAUAAAUAAUAGGACUAUCGUACAGAAAGGAAAUUCAUGAACUUUGAUUUUCGCGGUUAUGUCCGAAUCAUGUUGUCCCUUUCUAAUCUAUGGAACUAUCCCUUUUGGCUAUUUAGGGUUAGGUAUCAAAAUUCACGUAAUUAUCUUAUCUGUAGUUGUGCACGCAAAGGAACGUCAAGUUGUGCCAACCCUAAUCAUUGCCGGGAGCAAUGCUGCCGCACGGAGCCGAGAAACCCCGAAAGCUCUAGUUUCUUCUCCCGGACUCAAGUUCUUUGGAACUAUUACACAAUCUGUGGUACGACGCUGUCAAGUGUUCAUUGUUAAAAAUAAAUUGAAAGAGAUUGACGAAAUCAUUAUGCCAAGGAAAAAUUUAAUAGCGCGAUUCAGGAUACCUGUAACACUGUACAGCGCCAUUUAGUGUUUGAUUUGAGAACUAAUUGUAAAUAUAAGAUUGAGAUUGGCUUUGGUUGGAGUCAUUAUCCCAAGAAAAACCUUAAUAAUGCGAUUCAGGAUUUCUGAUACUCAGAACAGCUACAUCUAGCGUGCUUUUCGUACCUAAACUCUUCCUACCCUCUUCAUCUACUCCAAGAUCAAACAUAGACACGAAUGUAGCUAAUUAUCACAAGGUAACUAACUUCACGUUUUCGUCAUAAAGGGAUGCACCAAGAUACUGCACGAGCGAGACUUCCGUCCUAAAAUCCUUUAAAAAAUAUGAUAUUUCUUUUUUUUUGAAUUACCUUUUUUGUUAUAAACCUUAUCGGAUUUAUGAUUACUACCUACUUUUAAGUAAAAAAAAACAGUAUGGCGCGAAACAAUUGACAGAUGUUGUCACAUCUUUUUAUUCUGCCAAAAUUUCGUAAGGAUAAUGUUAACAGAUGAUAAUUCGGAUAAAGAGAGCGAGUAUGAAGAUAGGAGUACUGAGGGCAGUCCGAAUAUUAUGAAGAAGUCAUUAUCUUCAGUUGGAUUCCGAAGUAGUACGGAGAAUCAAAAUGCGAGGCCAUUAGCGUUGCGAGCGACGCAAUCCUUCACCGGAGCUGUGGAAGAGCUUCGAUUUUGUGGUAAUUUUCAAAGAAUGAAUUUGUGCAACAGGAUAAAUGUGAUGUCAGCACCAAAAAUAGCCACGGUUUGUCCUUGUGGAUGUCUGCUGCGACCCGCUACAGCCAUCCCCUUCCGUACUCGGGAACAGAACACAUUGGCACUUCACGUCGUCUCCCCAGAGGUGCUCAACUAUCAUGGAUACUGUUUUGAACCCAGCCAAAUAGCCAUGUUUUGGAAGAAAGACUGUAGAAUGUUCUUGUGGAAAGGCCAGGCUAAAAUGAAGAACGUGAUACACGCCGAUUCUCACAAGAAAUAAUCUACCUACUAUAUGUAGCUAGUUUAACAAAACUGUAAUUUACUUAAUUAAAAAGUGAAUUGAA